AUGAGGAGGAUACACAUUGGCUUGACUCUUCUCCUCUAUUGCACGGUGCUGAAUGUACUGCAUGCGAUAUUGAAGCGAUGUCCUGGGGUGACAAAGAGGGACCCUCUGCAUAACAAAGGGCUUGGUUACAUCUCGUCCCUGGAGAAGCAGAACACUGCGAACAGCGUCCACCUCAAACACAUAACACUGAUAAAGAGAAAAAAAAAAAAGUUCAUUCUUGCGAAAAAAAAAAGAGACCCUAAUAUGUUAAUUACGUUGCGCGCUUCGCAGCAGGAGGGCGCGGAUGGGAUCAGGAGGAGUCCCCCCCUGUGCAUGCUCAGUCAGGAUUGUCAGGACCCCUCAGAUGGGAGAAGCGGCCAAUCGGGUGGAAGUGGGGAAGACGGUGGAGACUUCCAAGGAGGAGGCUUCCCAGAUGGAGAUUUGCCAGACGGAGACUUCCCCGAUGGAGACUUCCCAGACGGAGGGGGCGAGGCGGACGCCACGAACGGAGGCCAACCCCACAGGCAGUUGCAGCCCGCGAGUGAGGCCCUGUCCCCCAGCUCCCCGGGACACGACGACGGGGAUGACGUGGAAGAUGACACAGAUGCGAGGAGGAAGAAAAAGAAAAGAAGGAAGCAGUCAAAGGAGGGGAGGGGCAACCCCAUCGAGGGGAGCAAUAACCCAACCGAGGAGGAUAGACAACACGACAGAAACGAAGACAUGCUCAACGUAGACACUCCGGAGUACAACGCGCACCUCUCCGAUAUAGAGAACACCUAUUUGAAGAAAGCUGAGACGAUGGACAAGAAAGAUCUAGCUGGUCUGGACAAGGAAAAAAUGAUAGAGGAGUAUAAUCGGUUGGUACAGAUUCUCAAAGAAAGUGGAAAUAAAAAAAUGAUGCAAUAUGAAGGGAACGAGAAGAAAAACAUCUACGAACUAAACGAAAGAGUGAUUAACAGCUCGAGGAAGCUAAACCUGGAGAAGAUGAAAAAAGAGAUCGAGAAGUCCUUCACCCCAAAUGAUGCUGUGGAGAAGAAGAUCCACGAUUACAUGUACAUGUUUACGCAGUCUAGCAGUCCUCCUGCCGAGGCUAGCGAUCCGUCUGCUCAGGUUAGCGGUCCGCCUGCUCAGGUUAGCGGUCCGCCUGCUCAGGUUAGCGGUCCGUCUGCCCAGGUUAGCGGUCCAUCUUCCCAGGUUAGCGGUCCAUCUUCCCAGGUUAGCGGCCCGUCUGCCGGCACUACGGAUGGUUCCACAGUAGGUAGCUUCACUCGUGAUGGCUCCACUCCAGAUGGUACCCCUAACAGCAGCGCGAGGGAUGCUGACGCCCCCCGGGAAGAACUGAUCCAGGAGCACGAGGAAAGGGAAAACAGAGAAAUCCUGAGGCGCCUCUCCCGGGGGGACUACAGCGGAGUAGACAAGUUUCACUUUAAGUUCUCCGCGAAGGAUCUGGAUAGGAUGAAAGAUAUCGAGUCAACGGAGGAAGAAUCGGCAGAAGAGAGAAAACUAAUCGACGCUGCCUUCGACAGGAUAAUGAAGGACAACACGGUCGUGAAGGAGAUGAAGGGAAGAGAGAAGACCUUCCUCCAGCUGUACGAGCAGGGGCGGAGGGAGAACAUAAUAGAGCGCGACGAGGAGGUAGAAAAUUUGAAGUAUUACAAUGAGAUGCAGAUGCAGAGGGAGAGGGAGAGGAGCGGAGGCGGCCAAAAUGGAGACACUGCCGAGAGUAGCGGCGAGACGAGCGGCGGGACGAGCGGCGGGACUGGCCAGACUGGCCGCCAGACCGGCGAACUGAUCGACAGGAAACUAUUCUUCAACCGCGUGUCUUCCCAAUUCGUGGACAUCAAGAAGGAGGACAUAGAAGAAAUGAGUGAGGCGCAAGUAAGAGACGAGCUGAGGAAGAGGGGAUACCCCACCUUCGGUUCCAUCAAAGAAAUUAAAAUGAGACUUGAAGACGUCAUGCGGAUAAGGAAGAACCACGAAUACGACAUCAGGACCAUCCUAAAGAACCCCGAGAAACAUGUCCUCUCCCACAUACGAUUGGACAAAUUAAAAGAGAACUUAAAGGAGUUUAAGGAGAAUGAGCGCUAUGGAGACACCGAAUCGAAGAUCAAGCAACUCGACGCCUCCAUGGAGAUAUCGAACUUUAUUAACGACCCGGUGGAUUACCUACGUAUAGAUACUACGGAUCAGUUCGCAGGGGAGACAGAGGGGCACUCCAUUGGAGGGCACCCCGUUGGAGGGCACCCCCUUGGUGGAUACUCACCUGGAGGACCCCUCCCUGGAGAGCGCCCCCCUGCAGAAGAAGAUCUGUCCAAAGUACCCAUCGUCAAUGACUGCGACUUUAGUGAGCAGAUCUCAAUGGCGGAAAAACUCCGAAAGAACUUCACCUUAGAAGGAGACGAGAGACAACCAGACGAAGUGAUUCGAUUCGGAAGUGAAGAAGAGACGGACCAGUCAUCUCCAUCCUCAUCGGAGAGGGAACUGCAGGAACAGAAGGAGGAAAUGUACCGGAAGGAAGUCCUAAAAUUCGGAGGACUACAAGAGACGGUACAAGAAUUCCACUCCAAACACAGCUUGCCUCUCGACUUCAUCGGAGAUUUCAUAUGUAAAAUGUCCAGUCAAACUACGAGCAGUAUAAAUAGGUAUUGGAAAAGGAGCAAAGGAGAGUCGGAAGCUUUGAAAAAAAACCAACUAGAGAUGCUAAUGUGUGCUCAUUCCAUAAACAGAGAUUUUAUUGUGCCCAAAUUUGUCGACACGAAUGAGCUGAUCAGCAGGUACCUCACGACGAAGGACAUCGUUACUCUCAUUGAAUAUAGUAACAUGGCGGACCCUGUUGAUAUUAUUCAUUUUUACUCUCCGGAGACCAUCUUCAUGCUGAGUGAGGAGUAUGGAAUCACUGUGGAUAGGGUGAUCGAUAUGUGCACUCGUCUGAACAUCCGGCUGCCCUUCGGCGGCGACACGCACCUCAACGCGAACUGCUUCAAUGUGCUCACUACGUACUUGGCGCGGGUGAGCGACGAGGACAAGCGGCUACGCGCAGAACGGCGGUAA